AUGAAGACCUUUCUGCCCUUCCUUGUAAUCCUGGCUGUUUGUGCUUCAGCAUUCGGCACACAAUGUAAUGUGAAUCCGGUGAACAUCCCGAAGCACUGGAUCACGAUGACGAACGGCUGCAAGAGCAGCGUCCGUCAACAGAUUCAGAUGGAGAUCGCUGCAUCGCUACAGUAUUUGGCCAUGGGCGCACACUUCUCUAAAGAUAGCGUGAACCGCCCUGGUUUUGCGAAAUUGUUCUUCGAAGCCAGCUCCGAAGAACGUGAGCACGCCAUGAAACUAAUCGAAUAUCUAUUGAUGAGAGGAGAAUUGACCACAAACGUGUCCACUUUGAUUACUAUCCGGCCACCUGACCAUAAGCACUGGAACUCAGGUCAGGAUGCUCUAGAAGAGGCUCUGAAGAUGGAAGCAGAAGUGACCAAGGCUAUCAAGAACGUUAUCAUCAAAUGUGAACACGACAGGGACAGUCAGAACCAUGAAAACAAUGACUACCAUCUUGUUGACUAUUUGACUGGUGAAUUCUUGGAGGAACAAUACAAGGGUCAACGCGACCUCGCAGGCAAAGCCUCCACCCUGAAGAAGAUGAUGGAACGUCAUUCCGCACUCGGAGAGUUCAUCUUCGACAAAAAACUCCUUGGCAUCGAUAUC